UGAGAGCCAGCCCAUCCAGAGCCUUCCCUCCUCUAGCCCAUUGUCCCAUCUGCAGAUGUCCGCAGUUGGCUGGUGAAUUUAUUUAGGCUCCAAUGACUGUUCCAACACACCCAUGCCAGCUGGAAGAGAUGUCCUAAAUCCUUGUUGGAGCCCAGGGUUUGGAGGGCAGCAGGAGUGGCAGAAGCCUGGCAGGGGCUGAUGAACCUGAUGGUGAUCAUGCCUGUCUCCAAGCCUUGUCUGCUUAGUUAUUGGACUGUCCCUUGGUGAGAAUACACAGGAAGAAAGGGGCAACUGAGAUCUAGACAAUGCAAGCACAGGAAUUAGUGACCUUCAAGGAUAUAGCUAUAGAUUUCACCCAAGAAGAGUGGGCCUUGCUGGACACAUCCCAGAGAAAGCUGUACAGAGAUGUGAUGCUGGAGAACAUCAGUCAUCUGGUCUCUGUUGGAUAUCAUCUCUGCAAAUCAGAUGUGAUUUCCCAGUUGGAACAAGGAGUGGAGCUGUGGAGGGAGGGAAGAGGAUUUCUCCAGGGCCUGAAUCCAGACAGGAAAUGUGGCCUUAAGAGACAAGAAGAUAUCUGCAAAAAGGACCCGUCUAACUGCAUGUCAACGACCCACAGAACGUACAACAGCAAGAGUGAACCUUGAGACAUGAUAGUGGUCAGCCUAUCAUUGAAUCCUGCUGUUCUGAAAUCUGAAGGUUCCCACUGCCUGGCUGCUGCAGGAAGAAAUGUAACUUUGUUUUACCUCAGUCAUAUUUGAUUUCUAAUAUUUUAAUUAAAACAGUUUUUUAAA